AUGGAAAGCACCAUUCAUCAAAAUGAUCCAUACACAAUCAAUAGCUUAACAACAAAGUUUCUUAAGGAUAAUGCACUUGGAUACACAGGUAGCUCUGUUAAAUAUAUGCCUACAGAUAUAGAUGGAGAUCCUGAGCUUAAUUAUUUAUAUUUACAAGCUGGUGGCAAGUUAAUGCCUAAAGAUGCAAAUGAUCAAAAUGAUACAUUUAUUGACCAAGCUAUAGAAGGUAAAAAUCUAACCCAGCCUAAUGUAGUAAUGACAACAAAAGGAAAUAAUGAUGGUAAGUCUAAUGACAAUGAAAAAGAUCAACCUAUUAAAAACGAGCCAGCUCUUACAGCAUUAGGUAGCAAUUUAAAAAAUGAUUAUAAAAGUAAUAUGAGUGAUGUGAAGAAGCUAAAUGAAAAUCAUAUGAAUAAGAGAAUUAAGGAAAUCAAUGAAAGAAGUAUAAAAUUUAGAGGUACGGAAAAAAAUAAAGAAAACCAAGCUGGUGAAAUUAUAGGCCUUGAAUUCACAUCUGGGUAUGAUGGGACUGAAUUUGCAAAGAAAAUACAUCAAGAAGUUAAUCAAAGUAAAGCAAAUGAUAAAUACGAUAUUAAUACAAAGCUUGAUUCCAAAACUACCGAGCUGAAAGAAAAAACUUCUGUAGUAAAAGAGCAUCAAGAAAAAAUAGAUUCUAAAGUGAAGGGGGAAGUAAAUCAAACAGCAUUGGGUGGAAUAGCAAAUGAUGUAGUAGAGGAUAUAUCCGAUGCUACUAGUAAUUUUAUGACUGGUGUAAAAAACACAUAUUACGAUAUUACAAAUCAGCCAGACAAAAAAGGGGUAUAUAUUCAAAGAGAUAAAGCGCCUACAGAAAUUAAAAAGGAUAAAAGAUUAGAUAUAAAAAGAGAAUCUAAAGAAAAACAAACCGAAAAUCUAGCUUCUCAAGAAUCAAAUAAUGCUGAAGCAUCAAAAGAUAUAAAGAAGGCUAAUAAAAAAGAUGGGGGUGUUGAAUGA